AUGGUGGCAGCAGUCCCAAGCACUACUGUUGCUCCUCAGGAUGUCUACUUCCAGUUUAACUCCCUGAACUAUUUGACUGUGUCAUGGACUGCACCACUGAACCCCAAUGGUGUCACCGGCUAUCUCUUCGUGUAUAAUACGGCCUCGGGUACCCAAAAGCAAGAGAGCAUCAAUGACCCCGCCCUAACGACAUUCACCAUCCAAGAUAACGAUCUAGCGGGUAUUGCUCCAACCAAUGUGCUCUUAGCGCCGAUGAUGAACGACAAUGUUGAUGGUGCCAACAUCGUGCUGGCCAUGCCUCCACCACCUGAAGUGCUUCCACCUGCUCCAUCAGAUGCAACCGUUCAGAGAACAUCAACCACCAGCUACCAACUUACAUGGACAAAUAGUCCAGGGAAUGUCGAUGGGUACGUGAUUUCCUACGCAACGACCCCAGGGGGUGUCCCUACCAGUAUAGACUUGCCUCCUGAUAGGAUCUUAGAACAGAUCCUGAAUCUCCCUGAGAACACAGACUUCACGUUCAAUCUGUACAGUCAGAGAAACGGACUUAGAACACAGGCGAUCUUGACGACACUGCCUCCUGUAACACAGGAGCCAAAACCACCAGAAAACUUCUUCUUGUACCAAAUCAGUGCCUCGUCCGUUUUGCUCCGAUGGGAUCCUCCGUCUCCACCGGAUAAUUUCUUUGAGAACUAUGUUGUCACAUACCUUGAUUCCGUUUCUGGAGAAGGGCAGGAUACGGUGCUAGAUUCAACUGUUACCAGUAAUGUAAUACCUGAUCUUCAAGGAGGAAUUUUAUAUGACUUCAGGGUCGUUACUCAAGUCGACAAUUCUGCUGAGUUUCAGCUGAGCGUAGGAGCAAUAACAGAUGAGAAGUUGCAAUUGUCCUGGCAGUACUCCGUCAUCAACGUCGAGUUCGUUGUCCAUCUUUUCAAAGAUGACGGCACACAGGAGUUAAACCAACCAGUGCAGAGUGCAUUGAGUGCUGUUAUCCAAGGCUUGAUGCCUGAUUCGACCUACAUCAUUGUUAUUGAGGGCAUACCUUCUAACGGAGGACAACCAGUUGUUCUUGGAUCGGAUCUAGCAUUAACAAAUACCCAACCAAAUUCAAAUGUUGCUGUGGGCAGCGAGACUUCAACAUCCGUUACUUUAUCAUGGGCAGCAACUCCAUUGGCGACUAACUACAGGGUAUCUUACAUAAGACAGGACAACGCAGGAACAGGGGUGCUGAACUCACCCGCUCCCGCAUCAGUAGUGUCUGGUCUACAACCACAGACAAGUUAUAUCUUCUCUGUGGUAGCAAUCAUAGGCAAUGUAGAGCAGAACGUAGGAUCGGCUGUUGGUAUGACAACAACAGGUAUGGAUGGAGCAGAGCCAAAACCACCAGAAAACUUCUUGUUGUACCAGAUCAGUGCCUCAUCCGUUUUGCUCCGAUGGGAUCCUCCGUCUCCACCGGAUAAUUCCUUUGAGAACUACGUUGUCACAUACCUCGAUUCCGUUACUGGAGAAGGGCAGGACACAGUGCUAGAUUCAACUGUUACCAGUUAUGUAAUACCUGAUCUUCAAGGAGGAAUUUUAUAUGACUUUAGGGUCGUUACUCAAGUCGGUACCCAAAGAAGUGUAAUCAUCGCGUUCACUGCGUUACCAUUAGACAAUUCUGCUGAGUUUCAGCUGAGCGUAGGAGCAAUAACAGAUGAGAAACUACAAUUGUCCUGGCAGUACUCCGUCAUCAACGUCGAGUUCGUUGUCCAUCUUUUCAAAGAUGACGGUACACAGGAGUUAAACCAAGCAGUGCAGAGUUCACUGAGUACUGUAAUCCAAGGCUUGAUGCCUGAUUCGACCUACAUCAUUGUUAUUGAGGGCAUGCCUUCUAACGGAGGACAAUCAACUGUCCUUGGAUCGGAUCUGGCAAAAACAAACACGAUACCGAAUUCAAUUGUUAUGGUGGACAGCAAGACUUCAACAUCCGUGACAUUAUCAUGGGCAGCAAUUCCAACGACCACAAACUACAGGAUAUCUUACAUCAGUCAAGACAACGCAGGAACAGGGGUACUGAACUCACCCACUCCCACAUCGGUAGUAACUGGUCUACAACUACAGACGAGUUAUACAUUCUCUGUUGUAGCAACAUCCGGUCUAACAGAAGGAAAUGUUGGAUCAAUUGUUGAAACGACAGCUACCGUGACAAACGUGGCAGUGAAUUCAGUUACGUCUGACACAAUCACUCUGUCAUGGACCAGUGUAGAGGAUACUGUUGUGUACCAGAUCCUCUAUAGUCCGAUUAUUCCAGGCGGAGUCGAAGAUCAGAGAAGUUCUCUUACCAACACCAUAACCCUCGUCGGACUGACACCAAUGACGCAGUAUAACAUCACGUCCAAAACUUAA